CAGCUUCCCUUGCACUUCCGCUUUCCAUCACAGUGGUGUCAACAGAGCAGAAAGAAGAUGCGAUAGAUGGUCAAAGACAGCGAUCAACAGGGGAUUCUCACCACUUUCCUUUUCUGAAAUCGACGCGUUCAACCCGAAACCAUGCAGUUUCCCCCAAGCAACGGAGACUUUACAUUCGUCUCCUCGACAGAGGCGCAGGAGCUUAGUGGCACAAUUGCUGCUCCUGAUGUCGAACUGAAUAUGGGCAACGACGGCGGUAAAGACCCUUAUGCUACCGCCUUCCUGAGGCAGCGAGGGUACGGUUGGCUGCUGGAGGUGGAGGAAGAUGACGGCGAGGAGAGCAAACCUCUUCUUGAUGAGCUGGACAUUGACGUGAAGGACAUCUAUUACAAGAUUCGCUGCGUGCUCAUGCCAUUGCCAUCGUUGGGCUACAACAGACAGGUGGUCAGAGAUAACCCGGACUUCUGGGGCCCUCUGGCUGUGGUGCUGCUCUUCUCCAUGAUCUCCAUCUAUGGACAGUUUAGGGUGGUUUCCUGGAUCAUCACCAUCUGGAUAUUUGGAUCACUAACCAUUUUUCUCUUGGCUCGUGUUCUCGGCGGCGAGGUUUCCUAUGGUCAGGUCCUCGGAGUGAUUGGAUAUUCCCUUCUUCCGCUCAUUGUCAUAGCCCCUUUGCUCCUGGUGAUCGGCCGUUUUGAGAUGGUUUCUACCUUCUUCAAACUGUUUGGAGUGUUCUGGGCUGCUUACAGUGCUGCGUCAUUGUUGGUUGGCGAUGAAUUUAAGACAAAGAAGCCUCUGCUCAUAUAUCCUAUUUUCCUUCUGUACAUUUAUUUCCUGUCACUCUAUACCGGUGUCUGACUGAAUCCAUUUGAACUAUGGAGCUUUUUACGGACAGUGACGCUGACCCCGCAAGGUGAAGAAGAACCUCCGGGGGUCUGAGCAUUAUAUGUUCCUGAUGUACGCAUAUACAUUUGGACUCUAAUGUCAUCAUAAUGUUCAAUUUAAAAAGGCAGCUGGUUUUCCAGCUUCAACUGUGCAGCCCCUACAGAUUGGAUGGUCCCAUUGACGAGGUUCUUAUGUUUUUAUAGCAAAUAAUGAAUGCCCUGUUCUUCUUAAAAUGCAUUGUACUGAUUUUGAAUACGAUGGCAAAUGUUUGUCUUUCUGGAUGAUCUGAGACGCUAUUCUGAUGGACACUUGUUGUUGUUGUUAUUAUUGUAUUAUUAUCAUCGUCAUCUUGGUUAUUUCAAACUUUUUGGUGGAAAUGGUAAAUUAUGUAACAGUGCUUUUGAAAAUUUCAGCAACCUUCAAAAGAAUAUGGCAAAACUUGCUCUUUUUUUGUGCAACUCUCCAAUAAUGUGCUUAAGGUCCAAUUUUACUGAACUGAUUGCCCUUGUUUGCACAAAUACAGCAAGAAAACAAAACACA